AAAUAACCUAAUUAAAGUUCAAUAAAGACUAAUCUGGAAACCAUUGUCUAUCUUGAAUUCAUAUUCAAGCCAAAGCGGUACUUAAUUGAAAAAAGAAUAAAAAUAAAAAUAAAAAACAGCAGUAGCAACUAACAAAGUCAUAAGGGCGGCUUUUUCUUUCUUUUUUAGUUUUUACUUCUUCCUCGAUUUGCUUUUUUUUCAAAAAAAAGCAAAGGCUACCGCAACCCCUACUCUGCAUCUUCCAUUAAAUUCUUUGAAGAAUUAUCAUCCUGUCUCUCUAUUAAUGAACAGUCAAAUUCUCUAAAAAAAUUCAAUCUUGGCUUGCUCAAGUUGCAUCUGAUCCAAGAAUCUCAAAAACCCAUCUCUUAUUUCUCAUUUAUCUGCUUUCCUUUUCACGUAUCUUCGUGAUCUGUAAGUCCUCAAGUUUCUCCCUUUAUGUCUCCAUUCUUAACUUUUCUUCAACCCCAAAAGAUACUAGAGAGCUAGGGUUUCAUUUUCAUGCUCUCUAACUCUUUUCCUUGACUUCUUAGCAGUACUAUUGUGUGUGCUUUGUUGUUUCAGUCUUUGCCUCUUUUAAGGUUCGUUAGAUUGAGACAAUGACUAGGGUAACCCGUGAUUUUGGAGAUACUAUGCAAAAAGAUGCUGUCCUAGCUGUAUCAGCAGAUGUUGCAUUUGCUUCUAGUCGGUUUCCUAAUUACAAAAUUGGAGCUACCAAUCAGAUUCUGGAUGCAAAAGAUGACCCCAAAGUAUUGUCUAUGAAGGAGGCUGUGGCACGCGAGACUGCUUUGCUUUUGGAACAGCAGAAACGCCUCUCUGUCCGUGACCUUGCCAGUAAAUUUGAAAAGGGAUUGGCUGCUGCUGCUAAGUUGUCAGAAGAGGCUAGGCUCAGAGAGGCUGCUUCAUUAGAGAAACAUGUCCUAUUGAAGAAGCUUAGGGAUGCGCUAGAAUCAUUAAAAGGACGUGUGGCAGGUAGAAACAAGGAUGACGUGGAGGAAGCUAUUGCCAUGGUGGAAGCUUUAGCGGUUCAGCUGACUCAGAGGGAAGGAGAGUUGAUUCAAGAAAAAGCAGAAGUAAAGAAGCUAGCAAAUUUUCUUAAGCAGGCUUCAGAAGAUGCCAAGAAACUUGUCGAUGAGGAAAGAGCUUAUGCUCGUGCUGAAAUUGAGAGUGCCAGAGCGACAGUUCAGAGGGUGGAAGAAGCUCUGCAAGAACAUGAACGAAUGUCUCGAGCUUUGGGGAAGCAGGACUUGGAAGAAUUAAUGAAGGAGGUUCAAGAGGCUAGAAGGAUCAAAAUGCUGCAUCAGCCAAGCAAGGUUAUGGACAUGGAACAUGAGCUACGAGCAUUGAGGAUACAACUUGCUGAGAAGUCUAAAUGUUCUCUGCAGCUUCAGAAGGAGCUUGCGAGGAGCAGGAGAGGCGAGCAGAGCAUAUUCCAUUUAUUUGAAUUAGAUGGCUCUGAAGCAUUAGGUUCAUGUUUGCGGAUCAAUCCUUGCUCUGAUAAUGCUCCAGAACUUUCUGAAUGUUCCAUUCAGUGGUAUCGUCUAUCAUCUGAAGAUGUCAAAAAGGCGCUUAUAUCAGGAGCAACCAAACCAGUUUAUGCUCCAGAGCCUUUUGAUGUUGGGCGAGUCCUGCAAGCUGAAAUAAUUUCUGAUGGCCAACAAUUCACUUUGACCACUACUUGUGCCAUUGAUCCUGCUGCUGGUCUCGGAAGCUAUGUAGAGGCACUUGUGCGAAAACAUGAUGUUGAAUUCAAUGUUGUUGUUACCCAGAUGAAUGGGUUGGAUCAUACAUCAGAAUCUAUUCAUGUGCUUCAUGUCGGAAAGAUGAGGAUGAAGCUUCGCAAAGGGAAGUCGACAAUUGCUAAAGAGUACUACUCUACUUCAAUGCAGCUGUGUGGAGUUAGAGGAGGUGGGAACGCUGCAGCUCAAGCAUUGUUUUGGCAAGCAAAGAAAGGGGUUUCCUUUGUAUUAGCAUUUGAAUCAGCAAGAGAGAGGAAUGCAGCCAUCAUGCUUGCAAGGAGGUUUGCUUUUGAUUGCAAUAUUAUGCUCGCUGGGCCAGAUGACAGAGCUCCUUUAGGAAGUUAAACCAACCUCCAUACUGUUUUGUUUCACUAAUUGUAAUUAAGUUGAGUUUGCACAUGAAUCAUAGGUUUGUAAUAGUAGGAUUUGGCAUGCAUGAUUGUGUUGUGGCCUUGUCGGCCUCCACCAUUCUUUUUUCUUCUUCAUUUUAAUUUUUCCUGCCCCUACGAAGGCAUUGUUUUUUUUUAAUUUGCCUUUAUGAGUGUUAACAUAUUCCCACUUACAAUUGGAGAUGGAUUGCAGCUGUCUCGAUUCUGUUGAAUGGUUUUUGUAUGAUGGCUACACAAUUGAUGAUUGUUGUAAGGGUUAUGUGCUGUAUUUCUGCUAGAA